CUGAGGAGUGACAUCACAUGGUGUGAGGUGUCUACUGGAUGUUCUAUGCAUCAGCACACUGAUGAUCCCCUUGCUUGCGGGAUGCUGAGUCUCUUCUCUGAUCUCAGUGCCUUUCCACCUGCUCCCUCCUCUCCCCUCCCCGCUCUGCCAGGAAUCCUGAGCACUGGGAUAGAAGGGGGCUUGUCUGUUCCAAAGCAGCGCUCCGCCUGGCCACAGCUCACAGCCCUGGUGACAGCAGCAGGCAAGGUUUGCACAUACAGUGACCUUGCACAGAAGCACUCAGCUGCUAGAAGGGUAGCCCCACUCUCUGCUUCACACCACCCUCCACACCCACCUCAGGCUAAGGAUCUGCAUCAUGACUGCAGUGUGCUGGGACGCACUGCUCUUUUUCUCCUGCUUCAGCCUGCUAGCUUUGGACAGAACCCAUGCCUUUAAUCUGGAUAUCACACACACCCUACAAAAAGAUGGGGAGCAAGGCAGUUUAUUUGGAUUUUCGGUGGCACUCCACAAGCAGCUCAGACCUGUUCCAAAAAGCUGGAUUUUAGUGGGUGCGCCACAGGCAUUGGGUUUACCAGGUCAACGUGCAAAGAAGACCGGGGCUCUCUAUGGUUGUCCUUUGACCAAUGAACGAAAUGACUGUAAACGGGUUGAUAUGGACAGUGGAGAGGACACAAGUCGGGAAAGUAAAGAAAACCAAUGGCUUGGUGUCACAGUGAAGAGCCAGGGUCUUGGGGGCAAGAUAGUGACCUGUGCCCACCUGUAUGAGUCUCGCCAAAGAGUCACACAACCCUCAGAAACUCGGGAUGUGAUUGGCCGCUGCUUUGUGCUGAGUGAAGACUUGACCAUAAGUGAGGACCUAGAUGGAGGGGAAUGGAAAUUUUGUGAGGGUCGUCCACAGGGUCAUGAAAUGUUUGGCUUCUGUCAGCAAGGGAUGUCUGCUGGAUUUACCUCAGACAACCAUUACAUCCUAUUUGGUGCCCCUGGGACUUAUAACUGGAAAGGGGAGAUGCGGGUGGAACUGUUUAAUCAGAGUGUUCUGGAUCUUGGCACUUACGAUGAUGGUCCCUAUGAAGUUGCUGGGGAGAACAGCCAGAAACCAGAACUGAUUCCACUGCCAUUCAACAGUUAUCUUGGACUCUUGUUUGUCACAAACAUUGAUAGUUCAGACCCGGAUCAGCUGGUCUAUAAAACUCUGGAACCCAGGGAAGAGGGAGCCAGGCUGGCUCCUGACGUAGCCCUCAAUAGCUAUUUAGGCUUUUCAUUGGACUCAGGGUGGGGGUUAACGGGGCGGAACAAGCUAAGCUUUGUAAGUGGGGCCCCAAGGGCAAACCACACAGGUGCUGUGGUCAUCCUGCGGAGAGACAGUGGGAGCCAACUGGUCCCAGAGGUCACCUUGUGGGGAGAAACAGUGGCUUCAUCCUUUGGGUACUCAGUGGUAGUUGAAGAUCUGAACAAUGAUGGUUGGACCGACUUAUUGGUUGGUGCUCCUAAUUUCUUCUCACGUAAGGAUGAACUGGGUGGUGCUGUGUAUAUUUACAUGAACCAGGCUGGUACAUUGGACAGAACACCGUCCGUACGACUUAAUGGAAGAGAAGGCUCUAUGUUUGGCAUUGCAAUUUGUAGUUUGGGAGACAUCAAUCAGGAUGGGUUUAAAGAUGUUGCAGUUGGAGCACCAUUUGAUGGAGAUGGAAAAGUUUAUAUUUAUCUUGGCAGCCAAUCAGGAUUAGUGACUAAAGAAGCACAGAUUCUUGAUGGAGUGAGUGUGGCAAUGAAAACCUUUGGAUACUCCUUAUCUGGGGGGCUGGAUAUAGAUGGAAACACGUACCCUGAUCUGGUAGUGGGAUCUCUCUCAGACACAAUCGUUUUCUACAGGUCUCGUCCUGUUAUUCGCCUGCAGAAAGAUAUCACCGUUGAGCCACAAAACAUUGACCUACAGCAGAACAAUUGUGGUGUCGGUAACGGGGUCUGUGUCCAUUUGAGAGCUUGUUUCAGCUAUAGUGCAUUACCAGUAAACUACAAUCCACGAAUCACUCUGGAGUGUGUUUUUGAAGCUGAAGCAGAUAGGAGAAGCAAAGGGAAGCCAAGUCGUGUAACCUUCUUAAGUCGUCAGUCAUCGGACCCAGAAUACCAAUCUACUAAAACUGUCGAGCUUCAGCGUCAGUCUACUUACAACUGUGUUGAAAAUACAUUCCAGAUACAGGAGGGUAUAAAAGACAAGUUGAGAUCAAUACCAGUGAGUGUGACUUACAACAUACGUCAGGCACGUGGAAAAAGACAGUCAUCAGCGGAUACACUUCCUCCUCUCAUGCCCGUGCUUAGUGCGGAAGACACAAAUGUCUACACCACAGAGGUGAACUUCCUCAGAGAAGGAUGUGGAGAGGACAAAAUAUGUCAGAGUAACCUCCGGCUAAACUACACUUUCUGCUCCCGGGUAAACAACACAAAGCAGUUUGAACCAUUACCCAUAGAGAACAACGUUCCAGUCUUUUCACUAACUGACCAGAAAGACAUUGCUUUAAAGAUCACCAUCACUAACUUCCCAUCUGAUCAUCUGAACCCAUCACGUGAUGGAGAUGACGCUCAUGAAGCCCAACUUAUUUUAACUGUCCCAAGCACCAUGUUUUACUCUACCGUUCGCCCUGUCACGGACAAGCUGAUAGUGUGCACUUCCAACGUGAAUGCCUCUCAAGCCACAUGUGAACUUGGUUACCCCAUGAAGAGAAAUGCUGAGAUCUCAUUUUAUCUGGUUAUCAGCAUCCCUGGAAUAACUCUUGAGACAACAGAAUUGGAGGUGAACCUUGAACUGACCACGAUAAGUGAGCAACCAAACCUACGAAUGAUUCACGCCAUAGCUAAAGUUAUCUUUGAACUCCCACUCGUGGUGUCUGGGUUUGCAUCGCCAGACAGGUUAUAUUACAGCGGGGAGGUAAAAGGAGAGUCCGCAAUGAAAACUGAAGAGGAUGUAGGCAGUGCUCUGGACAUUAAAGUGACAGUCAGUAAUAGAGGACAACCAUUGCCAACACUGGGUUCUGCCUUCUUGAAUCUCAUGUGGCCACACGAACUUAUGAAUGGCAAAUGGCUGCUCUACCCAAUGAAUAUCUUCCUGUCAGGAGGGCAGCAGCAUGGGCGAAUCAUGCAAUGUGCCCCUACCUAUGCCAUCAACCCACUCAAUCUGACUUCAGCAAACAAACAGGAAGAUCAGGUUCCAAGCUCUGCUAGAAGAUGGCCACUUACGUUCCCAGCAAAGAAAAAAGACAUUGUACUAGACUGUGCUCAGGGCACUGCUCGUUGUGUGGUGUUCCAAUGCCCCCUGUAUAGUUUUCACCAGGUGGAGUUAAAUGUCCGUGGACGGCUCUGGAACAGCACAUUUUUGGAGGAUUAUUCUUCUGUCAGCAACUUGAAAGUGAUCAUACGGGCAAAUAUUACUGUGAAGUCCUCAAUCAAGAACCUGGAGCUGAGAAAUGCCACUGCACAGAUACCUGUGAUACUGUAUUCUGAUGUUGGAGUUGCAAUACUUGGUGGUGUCCCCUGGUGGAUCAUUCUUAUUGCUGUGCUGGGUGGGAUAUUGCUGCUUGCUCUCCUUGUUCUCAUCUUGUGGAAGUGUGGAUUUUUCAAGCGAAAACGUUACCAGGAAGAGAAGCUGCCUCAGUACCAUGCUGUGAAGAUUCCAAGGGAAGACAGGCCCAUAGCUUGGGAAGAGAAAACAGGGACCAUUAAAAAGAAAGACUGGGUGACAAACUGGAGUGAGGAUGGCCCUCUGAACAACUCCUCCUAACCCCCUCUUCCCAUCUGAAACCUGCCACUCCCAUGAACUGUCCCUGUGCUGGGAAGGCCGGAUCCCUCUAUUUUUAGGUGGUUUCUUAUAUUUUAUUUUAUGUUGUUUUGUAUAUAAAGAAAUUACUGUUAUUUGAAGACAUUGCAGACUAUGUUUGUGCUCUGCUUGUUAACCUCUUCAAAUGCAAGAGCCACAUCUGCGGCAGGGGUCGGAUAUGAGCUGGUUUAAAACAAAGACUACAAUUGAAACCAGUCUCAUAAAAUAACUUUGAAGUCACUCCAGGAGGAAUAUUACAAAAUAUUCUUUGAGGACCCCACUUAAGGUGGUCUCUUCACUUUGUAUAUGGCAUUCAUAUUGUACAAUCACUUUUGGUGCUGAGCGCAAGUUAAAGAUCACUAAACGGACGAAGAAGACAAUAUUAUGGAAUGAACGUAGUUGUAACUGAACCUUCUAAGAAUCAAAUAAGAUACUGUAAUUACUUGUAAUGAGAAACUGAAUGAAUGCUUUCUGUUUGUCUAAGUGUGAAUAUAACGCUCUUGAUCCAGUUUAUGCAACUUUUAUGAGAAAUAAGUCUCAAGAAAGAAUUCUUUGUACAUGAACAGCCCAAAAAAAGCUUUCUUAUAUAUGAAAGAAACAGCCACAGCCCAUCUCUUCCACAUCAAAUUGAAAAACAUGUUGAAUCAGUAUUUAUAUGAUGUCCACAUAAAGUCAUUUUUGCUGCCUUAACUAUACAUGUUUAAAUUAAAUUGCAUGAUUGACUUAUUUGAGGGAUUUGCAAAAUAUAUUAUUUAACUGUGAUGACAAAUUAUUUGCAGAGAAUACAGGAGCGCCUGACGUACUGAACCCCAUUCAUUUUCCACAAAUUACUAAAUAAUUAGUGACUCUUCUAUGACAACAUAAUUUGUUAUUUUAACAAAUAUAAAUGUUACAAAAAUACAUAAUUUGUUUUCUAAAAUGAACAUUAAACACUAAAUACAUUUUAUAAGCCUCUGUCUUGUCUUGGAUGCCGCCAUGUUAAAAUCUAGCUUUCAUUGCAUUCCGGUGCUGACAUGUGUUUGCACAUUUACAGCAACUCUCCUUAACCCCUUAACGACCAAUGUAACCUGUAUGUCACAGUUUCAUUAAAGGGUUUCCAAGUGCAGCUUUGCCGGAAGCAGCAAAACUGCGCUAGUACUGUAUGCCUCACUGUCAACAUCAGCAAAACCUGCGCUGUAAACAAGCUAGAUUAGAGGGUUUGUUUAACUCCUGUUGAUGUAUAGGUUACGCCGGUGGUCCUUAAGGGGUUAAGACACUUGUAGUGUAACCUAGGUUACAUAAUGGCAGCACCCAUAAUAUAAGAGAGGUACAUGAAAGGUUUUCAGUGUUUAAUGUCCCUUUACAUAAAAUAGUAUCAGAAUCACCCUCUGGGAUUCCCUUGGAGAUUUUGGAAUUUGUGAUUCAUCAAAACCCUGUAAGCCUAUAAAAUGCUGGGUAAUACCUUAGUAAAUAUAGUGGAAUAUAAAUACACAACUGCAACAAAGUACAAAUAUAUUUCCUUUGAUAUAAGUUAUCAGGAGUGCUUCUAUAGCUGUUUAAGCCAGAACAAAAAACAAAGAUCUGCUUUUUGUCUUUAUUCCUAGGCUCUACUAUUUGUGUUACAGAUUUUAUGUACAGAACAUUUAUAUCUAUACAGAACAUAAAAUCCUGAUGUCCACAGUAGUGUUGUUAAAUAUUUCUACAAAACAAACUCAAAGUUCUACUCAGGCAAUGAAAAAUCUGAAUCUCACAAAGAGGAUGGUCACUAAUGUUCCUAGUAUUUUGUUAUAAUCUGUAUAUACAACAAAAAAAAGCAUUUGAAACAACAGUUCAGCUUUGUGCAGAAAAUUGUGCUAAAUUCACAUUUCAACUUAGUGCAGUCCAUAUGGAUCAGCACUCUCCCUGCAACAUGAAGAUAUAAUAGCAGUAGACACAAGAGCCGUGCUCACUGGUUUUAACAAACUGUGAUUUUUUUUAAUUGAUUACAUUUCGGGGAACAAACUUUUAAUUCCUCAUAUAUGUGACUGAAGUAGCCUAGUUAGUUCAGUAAUUCAGACGCCAGAAUAACAAGGCCAUUGCAGUAAGUAGUGAUAUUCUUUUAUAGUACCAACAAUACAUUUAAACAAGAAAAGUUUUCAAUUUUCCUCUUCCUCAUGUCUGAAGCAAUACUUAAUUAUCUUUAUUUAAAUAUAUAUAUAUAUAGUAGAUAAAAGACAGCACUCACUGGUCUUGAAAAUAGCAACAACUGCUUUUAUUUAAGUUAUGUUUCGGGGACAGCUCCUCUUCAUCAGACCAACCGUUGGUCUGAUGAAGGGGGACUGUCCCCGAAAUGUCACUUAAAUUAAAGCAGUUGUUGCUAUUUUCAAGACCAGUGAGUGCUGUCUUCUAUCUACUAUAUCUUAUCCUACAUUCAUCACCCUGGCAUUGGUGUACCUGUUUGUGAGAGUGCACCAUUCUCUACAAAUAUAUAUAUACACACACGCACACAUGUAUAUAUAUAUAUAUGUAAACAUAUAUAGGUAAACCUGACAUUACCCAAGCAGCUGUGGGUAAAGCCCCGAUGUAAUGUAAUUCACCCAUCUACACUAUUUUUUUUGCCUCUCCCUGGGGGGUUCAAGGAAGGUGCCCCGCCGAUCCCCUGGAAUCCACCCCAAAUGAACCUUGGGGAAUGAGGUUUACAACCGGAGGCAUAAAAGAUUGUGAAGAUGUGUGAAUUACAGUGCAUUGUACAUUAUUAUUAUCAUUUAUUUGUAAAGCGCCGCCAAAUUCCGUAGCGCUGUCUAUAUGUUUGAUGCAGUGACUCAAUGCGCUCUGAAAAGAUUUAUCAUGUUACAUCUGGCUUUACUCACAGCCGCUUGGGUAAUGUCAGGUUUACCCAGGUAUUGCUAGUAUUAACCAAUUUCUUACUUUACCCACAACAUAUAUAUAUAUACUUACUUUUUUCUAUUCAAUUAUGAUACUAAUUCUUUAAUCAAAUUGAAAUUAAUUGUACACCUGCGCUUUAGUGAGCUUUUAAGGGGCAGUAAACACCUUGUAAUUACAACUAUUAUCUUUAGGCUUCAAAUAAAUUAACAUAGUUAUAAGAACAUAUUAACACCUUGGUUGCUGCAAUUUUUUUCAGUGAUCAAACUCCACCCAACACUUUCCUUAUCCAGACUUGAAUCUACAGAAGAUAGGGCUUGAAACUGUCAUUGUGUUAACAAAACAACUUAAAAUAUAAGAUAAUAAAGUGCAGAGUAUGGUGAUAUUUGUGGUAAGGUUGGGCUUGUAAAGCCUCCUAAGUGCUCUUUCAGUUUUCAAGCAUGGAAAAGACACAAUUUUAAAACUUAAAUUACAAGAAAAAGUAUGUAAUAUGCAUAAUUAUAUCAGUCUCAAACUGUUUACUGUCCCUUUAAGUGACAAUUCUACCAUUUGUUAUGAUUUUAUCCUAUAUUAUCUUAAUAUUUUGUCUCAAUGUUUUCCUUCAGCUUACUUAUGUGACAAACUUCAGCUGUGCUACAUUUAGAAAUAUUGGAGACAAGGGGCAUUUUAAUGGUUACCUACUGAUUUCUAAUAAUGCAGAUUUUAUUUAACUCUAACACCUGAAUGACACAGAUUGACUUUGGCUCACAAAUCACUGAGAGUUGUCAUUUCCAUACUAAUUGUUUGUUUCUAUAUAAUUAGCAUAUCAUUUACUAAAAACAAGAUGGCUGCACCAUUACACUGGACACAAUUUGUUUUAUAUCUGCAGAUAAAUGCCUUCACUAUGUCAAGGACAAUAAUUUGUUUUAUUUUUGGUGCCAUGACUAUAUUAUAUUUAAAGAAGGCUCUAAAAAGGCUAUGUUAAUAAAUAUAUUUAUUCAAUA